AUGUCAGAGGGAAAUCAGAGCAUUGUGACCGAAUUCAUCCUCACUGGAUUCCCUGGACUUCACCCAGAGUACGAAGGCAUCGUCUCAGCUGUAUUGUUCUUUGUUUAUUUGCUAACUUUGACAGGCAAUGCUACAAUUAUUUGUUUAUUUGCAACAGAUCGCAGCCUUCAUAAGCCGGUGUAUUACAUCAUUCUUAAUCUGACUGUGAGUGAUAUUCUCAUGAGCACAACUGUUUUACCUAAGAUCACGAGUAAAUACUGGUUUAAUUCAGGGACUAUUUCAUUCACUGCUUGCUUUGUUCAAAUGUACUUUGUUCACUAUCUUGGCACAGUGAAUUCAUAUAUUUUCUUCCUGAUGGCCUUUGAUAGAUACUUGGCUAUCUGUCAUCCUCUCAGAUAUUCAACUCUUCUUAAACACUCCACCAUCUUCAUUCUCAGUAUGAGUGCAUGGGUUAUUGCCAAGGCAGGCGCUUUAAUGUUAGUUAUUCGAGCUUACCCUCUGCCUUACUGUGCCUCAAACAUAAUCAAUCACUGCUUCUGUGAUCACAUCGGUAUAACAACACUUGCAUGCACUGACCGAGGCCCCUAUGGUCUUCCUGCUUUUGGGCUAGCGAUGGUUGCACUUCUUGGACCUCUGGCGUUUAUCAUUUUCUCAUAUUGCUCUAUAAUUAUAAAUGUUCUUAAGAUAGCAAACGUACAAGGCCGUCUAAAAUCUAUGUCCACUUGUAGCACUCAACUGAUUGUGAUAUCACUCUAUUACCUACCCAGAUGUUUUGUAUAUUUAGCCAGCAAUGUCGGCAUUAAAUUCAGUGCUGAUGUGCGAAUAGUUAUUAUCAUGCUGUAUAGCCUUUGCCCUCCCAUGAUUAAUCCACUAAUAUACUGCUUAAGGGCUAAAGACAUGAGAGAAAGCUUGUGUAAGCGACUCUACAAAAAGACUGUUCCACAAAAAGCACAAAUCUCAGCGGUGAGUCACUCGUAA